ACUUAAAAUUCCGAUUGAAACCACAAUCCGAAACCUGGUCAAAAAUAAAGGUCGAAUAUCGUAUCCAAAUUUAAAUAUUUUUCCGCCGAAUCAAUCAGUCCACAACGAACCGAAGAUGUCCGAACAGUUCAAGUUUAACGACGUCUUCAAUAGUCAAACAAUGCGCGGCCGCGCCAAUGUAGCCAAGGCCACCUGGGCCUCGGUGGGCCUGGUCUAUGUCCUGGUCAAGAUGCAUCGGCGCAACUCGAAGCGUCGCGAGGCGAAGCUCUACUGCAAGGGCUGCCAGCAGGCUUUGUUGCACGGCUAGAGGAUACUUGAUGCCAACUAUUCCAGCCCCGUGUGUCCGUACUCCUCCGAUCCGUCAAAGAAUCCAGUUCCCAGUCCCCCAGUUAAAAGCACAGUCCCAAGCCUCGUGUACUUUGUUGAGUCAAAUAAAUUUAAAAUCUCGACUUCGAA